GGCAUUGUUAAUCAAGCGUCGAGUCGCUCACCUCGCUAUUCGCUGCUGUCGUACCGUAUGUUUGUUGACUCAACCGGGACCCAACGUCAAUCCUCGGAAUGUUGUUGUCCUUUCUUGCUCGAUCUGCGGUGUCACAGACGGUGAGGGGUCUUCAUCGAUCUGCUGCUCGCACCGGAGCUGGUGGCAUAUUUGUGCACAGAGACACAGCAGACAACAAUGCAGACACGCCAUUCGAGUUCACAGAGGAGAACAAAAGGAGAAUUGAAGCCAUAAUUUCCAUGUACCCUGUUGGCCACAAGCAAGCAGCCACCAUCCCUGUGUUGGAUUUAGCCCAGAGACAACACGGAUGGCUCCCUGUCACCGUCAUGAACAAGGUGGCUGAAGUGCUGGAGAUCCCGCCCAUGAGAGUGUACGAGGUGGCCACCUUCUACACCAUGUUCCAGCGCCAGCCUGUGGGCAAGUACUUAAUCCAGAUCUGCACCACCACGCCGUGCAUGCUGUGCAACUCGGACAGCAUUCUGGAGGCCAUCAAGAACAAGCUGGGUAUCAAGGUUGGCGAAACGACAGCAGACAAGAUGUUCACACUAAUCGAGGUGGAAUGCCUAGGCGCCUGUGUCAACGCGCCCAUGGUGCAGAUCAAUGACAACUAUUACGAGGACCUCACCCCAAAGGAUAUAGAGCAUAUUAUUGACGAGCUCCAAGCAGACAGAAUCCCGCCACCAGGGCCCAGAAAUGGCCGUUUCUCCUGCGAGCCUGCUGGCGGACUAACCUCCCUGACAGAACCUCCUAAAGGGCCCGGCUUUGGCGUGAGGGCAGACUUGUAGUACACUCUGCUUUGUUGUCCAAAAGUACUUGAUACUCUUGUUUGAUGGGGACAUAUGUAAAUAAAUUAAAUGUCUGUA